CCACUCGCUGUUUCAAUGAAAGUCAACUAGACCAGACCAAAUUGCUAUUACAUCCGUGUCUAUGGGAGACACACCCAGUUAAGUAGACCGGAACUGACAUUUUUCCCCCAAUGGUAAAUUGCCUGUGUGAACUGUCUUCAUUUAUCCACCAUCUUUGGUAGCUGCUCCACGUCUCACUGCCGGUGAAUCCGAACUGGAAGAUGGCUGCGGUGGAACGUCCCCCAGUCAAGGAAGGGGUCCGGAUAGCUUUACUCUGUUUCUGUUGGUACACUGUUAGUUCGGGAGGUAACGUCGUUAACAAAAUUAUUCUAAAUGGAUUCCCUUAUCCUGUCACCGUUUCGCUCUUUCAUAUACUCUCAAUCGUCGUCUUCCUUCCUACGUUGUUGAAGGCAUGGGGAGUCCCAAAAACAGAAGUACCAACUAUAUACUACAAAUGGUAUAUUCUCCCUUUAGCUUUUGGGAAAUACUUCGCUUCUGUGUCGGCCCACUUCAGUAUAUGGAAGGUACCUGUUUCCUACGCACACACUGUCAAAGCCACAAUGCCUAUAUGGGUUGUGUUGUUAUCAAGGAUUAUCAUGAAGGAGAAGCAAACCACAAAAGUGUACGUAUCUCUCAUCCCCAUCAUCGGAGGAGUGCUUCUGGCCACAAUGACAGAGCUGUCCUUUGAUGUAUCUGGGUUAGUCAGUGCCCUGGCCGCCACACUCUGCUUCUCUCUGCAAAACAUAUUUUCCAAAAAGGUGCUGCGGGACACGAGGAUCCACCACCUGAGACUUCUCAACAUACUGGGCUUCAAUGCUGUUUUCUUCAUGGUGCCUACGUGGGUUCUGGUGGACCUCUCCUCAUUCUUGGUUGAGGGGGAUUUUACAGGCAUGUCUGAAUGGACCGGCACCUUCCUUUUACUCCUCGUCAGCGGCUUUUGUAACUUUGCUCAGAACGUCAUCGCCUUCAGCGUCCUCAACUUGGUCAGCCCGCUGAGCUACGCUGUGGCAAACGCCACCAAGAGGAUCAUGGUCAUCAGCAUAUCGCUCCUGAUGCUGCGUAACCCGGUCAGCUCCACCAACAUCAUGGGCAUGAUGACGGCCAUUGUGGGCGUGUUCCUGUACAACAAGGCGAAAUAUGACGCCAAUAAGGAAGCUAAGAAGCUGCUGCCUUCCUCCAAGCAGGACACAAUGUCCUUCGACAAUUUGGGACUGGACAAGACGCAGCCCAAUGGUUCAGUGCCUUUCUCCCAAGGCUCAGACAUUCAGUAUGGUCGCAGCAACGUGCUGACCGACCACUUCCAGUACAGCCGGCAGGCCUACACGAUGAACUACGGCGCCUCCAACCACCAGUAUGUGGUUUAGGCUGGUGGAUGCCUAAAUGGACAUGCUGUAUAAAGAAAGGAAGGCAAGUACUGUCGUAUUGGCGGGAGAGGAAAGUAUCAAUCGUGAGUUGGCCAGCGUUUUGUCCCAAAAAUGUUCUCCUAACAUAUUUUCUUCACCUCUGCGUGUUUUUAUUUGUUUUGAUAUGAACACUUAAAGAUAGUUCAGUCCAAAUCAAAGUUUUUUUUCAGAUGUUUUCAAACCUUAAAAGUAAUCUGACAUCGAGAUAAGCCCACAUCAACUCUUGUAGCUCAAGCUGUAUGUCUCAAUCAUGAGUGAAUGAGAAAGAUUGGCACCAUCUAAUUUCAUAAUGUUUUGUGGUGUCAAUAUUUCCAGUUAAUUUGGGAUUGAGGGAUACCAUUGGAUCUACACAACAGAUGGCUUGGAACAUGGACUCAUCUGACAAAUGUUGAUUUUGGAGUGAAGUUAAAGAUGCAGUACAGGAUCUGAAGCACAUAUUAUACGAAUUGAAAACAUUUUUUUUUGCAGGAUGUAACAUAUCAUACGAAAUAGGUGACGUAGUGCACAAUUUACGAGGACGCAUUUUGGCUCGUGAUCACUACUUUCAGAACGCCUGUCUGAAAUUUGCUUGCUGAGGAACGGAUGUUGCUGUAUUCUUUUUUACUGUGGAAGCUUGCUAAUGUGGUAAUAAUUGUUACCGUAGCCACAAUGGCAUAGGUCCAAAUAAAUUGAACAGAACAUUUACUCUAUAUCAAAGAACAUGAAAUGUUUUGAAUAAAUUACCAUGACUGUAAUGCUUUGAAUCAGGCUUGCACUCAGUUAUAUUGACCCCAGUUAUAUUGACCCCAAUUUUAUCAGAGAAGACCUGAUCAUUUUACACUGUUUUGUGUUUUUGCAGAGAUUGGCAACAUUUUGGUCCUAUACAUGUAAAAACAUUUGCCCAGAAGACAUUUUCUUGUUGGUCUUUAACUAGUGAUGGAGGCAUGGCAUGAAAAUGUGUGUAAACGAUCGUAGUUACAGAUAAAUUGAGAAUCUUUCAUUCUGUGGUUCCAAAUUUACAUUUGAGUUAUUUAAUCAAUUUGUAUCUGAUCUGGUAAAAGCUUUGUAAUAUGGGGUUACAUGGGUCAAGUAACUGAGAUGCACCUAGUUUUAUGUGGCAGACCUACUUGGAUCAGGUAUAAAAGUCAGUAGACUCCACAUGCUUUUGCCGGUUUGUCAUUCUUCUUCCCAAUAUUCACACUUAAAAUUGUCUGAGAUUGAGGAAUAGUAAUUUAGCCUACAGGGAACGAGCUGUUUUUCAAAGCCGAUGUGGAGCACCUGAACUAGUAAACUGGUUAAGGUUUGAACAUUGUAAAAAAAGAAGGAAAAAAAGAAAGAUGUGACAGCGAGACUGUGACUAACUCUUGUGUGGAAGCUCUAUUCUAGUGUACAGCUGGAGAACGGAUGGUAAUAAUGUUGUUAACCCCAUUAACUUAAACGUUAUACUUGUUGAAUAUAAAAUUCAUAUUCUUCUAGUCUACAUUUUUCAUUUGAGUUUACUUGUUUCAAUUUGUUGCAGAACAUUCCAGCAUUGUAAGUGGACAAUUUCUUUGCUGUUUCCUAACUGCAGGGAUGUUCGCUCUGACUGUAUUUAUUGCAUGUCUAGUGGCUCUAUUGUAUAUUGGGCAGCAACAAACUACUAUUUUGGGCAGCAACAAACUACUAUUUUGGGCAGCAACAAACUACUAUUUUGGGCAGCAACACAUUUUUGCUGUUUACCAUUAAUCCAAAUAAAUGCUAUUAUUUGUAUAUCUUCUCCUAUGGUAUGUACUGAAUAGCAUAGUUCUGGUUGGCUGCACAGAGAUGAUCCAGGUGGAUUUACACAUUUGUAGAACUGUGUAUGUAUGAGCUUGUGUGGAAUUCUCGGGUAGUUCCAAGCUUAUUUCAUAUUCCAUUUAGUGACGCUCCCGUAUCAUUUGGUUCAGUAGGUUUGGUCUGGUUACGUAAUGAAAUUCAUACUGGCGUGGUGAUUAGGCUAUUGAGAUUUUAGUACAUGUGACUCACUUAUGCCUGUUAUCUGCAUGUCCUCAUGAAUUAGAGUUUUGAAUUUACCUGUCUAUUGGAUAGUGUUACAAAGUAAACAAUCAUUUGUAGAAAUCCAAUGACAGUGGAUAACUUCAAUAUUAGGGUUUGAUUUCACCUUGGCUUAUAAAGUAUGGAAGAUCAAAUGUUGGAGCCAUGAUUGGAUUUGACUAAAUCUCAUUUGUCACUUUUAACAUGUAAAAUUUGAGCCCAUUGUAUUAUUUUGCGACCUAUUUUUAUUUUUUUAUAUUACUGUGCUGACAUUCUGUUAAACUGUCUCAAGCUUUCCUCUUAAAUCUAUGUUUGAGUUUGUCACGUCCUGAUGCGAGAUGCCAAAUGAAAGAAGCUACGUGGCUCAAGUCAAUAUUUAUUGGUCGCUUACACACUUAUCGCAGGUGCAGGGAAAUGCUUAUGUUUCUGCCUCCAACAAUGCAGCAAUAUCUAGCAAUACAAUAACAAAACACACAUACACCCCCGAAGGAUUUUGACUCCUCUUAAAAGGCCUGUGUGAUGCAGUAGCACGGAAUGAUGGAAUCUGAUGUAUAUGUUUAAUGUAAAGCCUAAUAUUUGACUGUACAGUAGGCUAAAUAACAUUUUGAACAUGUGAUUUAGAGAAACUAUUUUCAUUAAAUCUGGGAUGGCAUUUGAGGUUAUGACAUUAUUUACUGGAAUGUACAUUUGACUGUGUGGGGGUUUGCUUUGUAAAAGUUGUAUAAAUGACAUUUUUCCUGUUUUAAAGGAUCUUGAAAAACAGAUUUUUUUUUACUGAACCAAUGUUUAUAGAUUUUUAUUUAUGGUGUCUAGGUACAGAAAAGUGUACAUAAGUGCAACCAUGCACAGUCUUGUCUGCUUACGUUUUUAGAUGUAAAAAUGAAUAAAUGCAUUGUGAAAUGAAUAAAUGCAUUGUGAAAUGAA